AUGGCUACUAAAAGAUAUCAACUUGCUCAACCGACAUCUUCAGAUGAUAACUUUUACAACUUAACGUCAACUAAAAAUCAAUUCAAUGGAACUGUUAUUGAUCUCAGACAAUAUCCGCAACCUGAAUACUAUUCUCCAGUGAAUGAUAACUUACAACAGACAUCAAUAGUUUCACGUGCACAACAACAGAUCACGCCAAACAGCAUUGAAAAAUUCAACAAUAAUCGUCAUGCAGCACAAGGAAUAAGAGCCUCUCGAAUUGUCGAACAACCUUCACCACCACAAACGCACCAUCGUUCAUCAAAUAAGAAUCUGCAUUCAUCGACAACAGAUCCUUUUAACUACUGGUGCUGUAUCUGCUGCUGUGAUUGUACUGGAGACAACAGUUCUUCUAGGGAACAUGAUAGCUGCUGUGAUAGUGAUGGUUGCGAGUGUUGUAGCAGUGAUUGUUGUAGCAGUGAUUGCUGUAGCUGUGAUUGUGGCAGUUGUGAUUGUAGUGGUUGUGAUUGUAGUGGAUGCGAUUGUAGUGGUUGUUUUUAG